AUGUUGAAGACCUACAAGAGUUCCUUCAAGCAGAAUAUUACACCAGUCAAUUUAGACCAGUAUGUACCUAAGGUUGAAUUGAAAGAAUAUCUGAAGAUAAAUGAUACAAUAUAUAAGAUUGACAGCAAAGCUGAGAAUGGCAUUACUUUCUCACGCGUCCUUGAUCACAAGUAUUCUGAUACCCUGAAAAGGAUGGAUCCUGAUCACUUGGUAGCAUUGGUGACAGAAGUUAUUCCCAAGUAUUCCUGUUUGGUAUUUUGUCCCACUAAGAAGAACUGUGAAAAUGUAGCAGAAAUGAUAUGCAAAUUUUUAAGCAAGGAUUAUCUGAAACACAGAGAAACAGAGAAGUCUGAGGUGCUGCAGAACUUGAAGACUAUCAGCAGUGGCCAUCUGUGUCCCAUUUUGAAACGCACCAUUCCAUUUGGAGUUGCCUAUCACCACAGCGGCUUAACGAAUGAUGAGCGGAAACUCUUGGAGGAGGCUUACUCCUCUGGCACUCUAUGCCUCUUCACUUGCACAUCCACGCUAGCAGCCGGAGUCAACCUACCAGCUCGAAGAGUUAUUUUAAGAGCCCCCUAUGUUGCAAAGGAAUUUUUAAAGAGGAACCAGUAUAAACAGAUGGUUGGCAGAGCUGGCCGUGCUGGAAUAGAUGCUGUUGGGGAGAGUAUCCUUAUAUUGCAAGAAAAAGACAAACAACAGGUAUUGGAAUUAAUACACAGACCAAUGGAAAACUGUUAUAGCCAUCUUGUUCAAGAUUUCACCAAGGGAAUUCAAAGUUUGUUUCUCUCUUUGGUUGGUUUGAAGAUUGCAACAAAUCUUGGUGCUAUAUAUCACUUUAUGAGCGGUACCUUUUUUGGUGUUCAGCAGAAGAUUUUGUUAAAAGAAAAAAGUCUCUGGGAAAUAACCAUUGAAUCACUUAAACUCCUGGUAGAAAAAGGACUUCUACAAAAAGAUACUGUUUUAACAGAAAAAGAACUUUUACAAAAGGACACUAUUAAUAAGUACGAAGAAUUCAAAUAUAAUUUUCAAAUUACAAAGUUGGGAAUAGCUUCUUUCAAGGGUGCCAUCGAUUUGGCUUACUGUGACAUUCUCUACAAAGAUUUAAAGAAAGGUCUUGAAGGACUUGUGCUUCACAGUCUCUUUCAUCUAAUCUACCUCACAACUCCCUAUGAUAUGGUUUCUCAGUGUAACCCUGACUGGAUUAUAUAUUUCAAUCAGUUUAACCAACUCAAUCCAGCAGAGCAAAAGGUAGCCACUAUCAUCGGAGUCUCUGAAAGCUUUAUUGGGAAGAAAGCAUCAGGCCAAGUUAUCAGGAAGAAGGUGGACAAGGAUAUUGUCAACAGACUGUACCUGUCUAUUGUCCUGUAUACUUUGUUGAAAGAGACCAAUAUUUGGACGGUUGCUGAAAAGUUUAAUAUGCCUCGAGGAUAUAUACAAAACCUUCUUACUGGAGCAGCUACCUUCUCAUCCUGUGUGUUACAUUUUUGUGAGGAACUUGAGGAGUUUUGGGCUUACAGAGCCCUUUUGGCUGAACUUACCAAAAAGUUGACUUACUGUGUAAAGGCUGAGCUAAUUCCUCUCAUGGAAGUAACUGGAGUUUUAGAGGGUCGAGCAAGGCAGUUAUACAGUGCUGGUUAUAAAAGUCUAGUGCACUUAGCUAAUGCAAAUCCUGAAGAUCUAAUAAGGACAAUUGAUCAUUUGUCAAGACGCCAGGCCAAGCAAAUUGUUUCAUCAGCAAAGAUGUUGUUACAUGAAAAAGCAGAGGCUUUGCAAGAAGAGGUAGAAGAAUUAUUGAAAUUGCCUUCUGAUUUACCUGACAUGCUGAGCUCUUCCAUUGGAAAGGCAUGAAACUAUCUGAUGAACAUUCCCAAAUAUGAAUUUAUCUCACAAAUGUUUUCUUAAAGACUCCCUAUUUUUUU